AUGGGGCCCCCUGCCGCUGCUGCAGAUCUGUCAGGCUCGUACAGUAGCUGCCGACAGUCUUUUUCGGCCCCCGCGGCUCCCUGCUGGCCCCCAGCUCUCCGGCCCUCGCGGCUCCCUGCUGGCCCCCGCAGGCAGCCCCCGGCUCUUCGGCCCCCGCCAGCGCUUCCCCGGCCUCCGUUUGCACCUCGGCUCCCCAUGCAGCUCCGCCCGCCGCUCACAGCUCCGCCUCGCUCGCCAGCCGCCGCCUGUAGCACCGCCCCGCCACAGCCCGCCGCCUCAACGGCCCUCGCCUGGCCCGACCUCCUCCCCUGCCUUGGCUUCGCCACUCGGCCACCACCGAAGCUCUACCUGGCCGCCACCGGUUCUUCAUAUGCUGUAUAUAAUCUUUUGCAAUAA